GAAUCAGAGUGAUGUAUUUCUAGGGAAAAGAGAGGAAAGGCUCGAAGCACAAUGUAGACGCUCCGAAAAGAUCGUCUAAAGCGAGGAGCGUCACGCUGGAGGAUGAGGACUGGAAGAAGGCGGCGCUAGUCAGCGGAUCCAGUCUGACGCGCUCUGGAAGCGUUAAAGAUCUCAUAUACAGGUUUGACGGGCCGCUGCCAAGCCUCGGCUCGCUGAAGAUCAAAAGGCAAGACGUGAGCGCAUGGGAUUCUGGGAAAAUGAGACAUGAAAGCAGAGAGAGAGAGAAGAGCCAGAACCCGGUCUCUGGUGAACUGUCAGAACCGAAAACACAAGAAGCCUCUGAGCAGGAACGUCACGGAGCAGAGAAGAAGAGCGAUGACGAGCAGAAGGCCCAGCACAGUAAAGACAAGCCAGACGCUUCUGAUCCCGGUCCGCAUUCCAAUCUAAAUGGCGAGAAGCAGCACAGCAGUCCUCAGUCCGAGGACGAGCCCACGACCCCGAAAGUCCGUCCCAACCCCAAGUACCAGCUCUACCUGGGCUCCAACGGCACCAGCGGCUCCAACGGGACCCUGCUGAGGGUCAGUCCUGUGAUCCGGGGGUCCAUGGAGUCGCUGUCGUCCCGGGACGGGGACAGCAUGUCCGACAGAACAGGUGGCUUUGAAAGUCCUCCCCGAGUUUUCAACAGUCCGUAUUCGACGCUCUCGCUGGACUACAAUCCCUUCAACAGAAUGUCUGACUUCAAGACACAGGAAGUGAUGUCACCCACCGUCUCUGAGAUGAACCUGUUCGGUCUGAACAGAAGCGUGAGUCCCGUUAACAGUCCGGCUCUGAACCAGCGCACACGAGUCCCUGGAUACGACAGUCUGACCCGCAGACGAGACGUGAGUCUAGGCUGCCUCAUUAACGCACAGCUAAAAUUCGAAUGCAACAUGGAGAAGGAGAGGAACCAGAUCCGCUUCGAGAUGCGAGGUCUGCUGGUGAACAAUGAAGAUCUGCUGCGGACGAACACACAGAUGCAGGGCGAGACGAACCGGCUGCGGGAGAAGAUCGUGGAGUUAGAGAGCAACAACAAUGUCCUGCAGGAGCGCUUCAGACAGAUGGAGGCGCGGGAGGUGAUGGUCGAAGCAAACACUCAGGAAUACGCCUUUAACUUCCUGCAGCAGACGCUCAAGAACAAAAUACAGGACACUGAGGAAGCUCUGGAGAAACAAGCUCAACACGCUCAGACUGUGUCAGAAAAACUGUGGCUCACCGAGAGAAACCUGGAGGAGCUGGAGCUGGAGAAAGAAACUAAAGCAAAGAAAACUCUAGAACUCAGUAGCACUGUUUUCAGACUGGAGACAGAGCUGCAGACGCUGGGACAGUCCAGAGACGAGCUCUCCAAACAGCUCAAGCUGGCUCAGGAGAAGGUCAUCGAUCUGGAGGGAGAUCUGGAGGAGCUGCAGGAGAACGAGCAGCGAUGGGCGUCCAAACACAAGAGAGCUGUGGAUCAGUCGGAGCAGCUGCAGAUGAAGCUCAUCCAGGAGAAAGAUCUCAACGAUCAGCUGGAGUGUGAGAAGGCCAUCCUGGAGAGACAGCUGCGGGAUCUGCGCACUGAGAUGGAGGAGCUCCAGAAUAACAGAGUGGAGGUGGAUUCGAUCACCAGAGCCGAGAUUAAAGCCAAAGAACUGGAGAACGCACUAAGAGCAGAGGAGAGGAAUAAAGUGGUGAUGAGCAACACCAUCAGCAAACUGGAGAAGAAGAUCCACGAGCUGUCGGAGCAGAUGGAGGAGGAGCACAAGAUCUCCACCGAACAGAGAGAGCUGCAGUGUUUACCGAGCAGGAGGAAAGAGUCGAGACAAACUCUGGAAAACCUGAAGCUGCACCUGAGUGAAGAUGAUGAUGAGGAAGAUCAGACCGAAUCCACAGAGAAGCAGAUCACUCAGGUGUGA